CUCUGAUUCAACAUGGAUUUUAAAAAGAAAUGUACAAGGACUCCGAAAUGAGAAUAUGUGGCAUUCCUGAUCGAAGGGCAAACAGACAACUCUCUAGACUCUGACAUUCUAGCAUGCUUUACAUGAAAAGAUACGGUCUUCAGCGAGCAAACUGCUUUCCCAAUUCCAUCACUUGCUUCUAUAAAAUGGACCCUUUCUUGUGCCCAGAAUAAAUUGCAAAAGAUAAGAAAAUUUAAGGAAGAGAACAGUCUUGACCAGGACUGGGUCAAGCUCCUUCCAGAACUUGAAGAGUUCUGUCAGAUCUCAAUGCAUCUUAACAAUGACUUUGAAGAAUUAAAGAUAACAAGAGACCUAAAACAGAGAUGUAGCCUUAGCAAGUGAGCGAAGGCACUACUAAACUCUAUCUUCGAAUCCGAGACGCUUAGGGCUUACUAUAAACAGCAACAUUGCCUUGAAGUUUUAAGGAUGAGAGAUAAUGGCCAAGAAUCUCGACCAAGACAGCCUUUGAGUUUGGCUACAAUUCGAGAGGAAAUUAACUCCAAAAUGAUCUUACCUAUUAAAAAUAAAUUUAAAGAAGCCUUAAAGCUAGCUGAAGAGAGAAAACAAGAAAUUGAAGCCUUAAAAAGAGAGAUCAAUGGCUUAAAAUAUGAGAUACAGGAUCUUAACUAUACAAAGUGCAGCUUAGAAGAAGUUUGUGAGCAAAGGUUCCACCAGAUACAGGAACUCAAAGAAAAUAAUGCUUCUCUUGAACAGAGAAUCGACGAUUUAUCGACUGAGAUAGACUAUAAGGAUGAGCUUAUUAAUCAAAAGUCUCUAGUCCUUUCUCAUUCAGAACUUAAAGAAAUGUACAAUAUAGUGAAUUUUAGUUUGUCAAUGGUUGAUUUCAACCAAGAUUCAAAUAUCCACAUUGACCUUAAUGAAGAAGGUAGCCAAAAAUUAGUAAGAUGUCUCCAAUUGUGCACUCUCCCAGAUAUCAAAUAAAAUUGAUGUCUAUAACUUGAAACUGUUCGAUCAGCCCAACAUUAUAUCAAGGUUCUUGAAAAAUGGGAUUCAAAAUGUUAAAAGUCUGAAAGUUGGCUUUUGAAAUGGUCAUAGUUUUGGCAUAAAAGACUGUGAGCCAUACAUUCCGCCCCUAUUGAAAGUUCUUCCAAGGAUCCCUCACGAGAUCAGUUUAGAUAACUUUAUCCUGGAGAAAGAUCAAUUUGAGAACUUGUUUGUCUCUGCAAAGAAAUGCCAUACAAUUCGAUUCAGAUGAUGCAAGAUCUUUACCGAUACUGAAGUCGACUUUGGAGAUAGGCUUGAAAACUCCCUAUUUGAAGAACUUGAUUUCUAUCUGACAGGCAGUAAGGACUACAGUAACUGGGCUGAUAUGGAAAACUCAAGGUUCGUAAACCUCUUGACCGGAUUCUCAGACCAAAAUCACCACAUCGACCGCUACAUCUCCCUCUCCUUUGUCUCCUGCGAUCUCUCCCAAACCACCAUCACUGACCUGUUCAAAUUCCACAACUUAUCCCAGUUCAUAUGGAAUACUUAG